GUUUACCAGAGAAAUGCAGGAGCAGGUUAGUGAGAAGUCGUCCCUAAAAUAGCCGGGCCUGCUGUGCUUAUAAUGGCACGGAGGCAAGCAAAUAUUGCAUGAUUACUAUUUCUCUGCGGGGAGGCAAUGCCUCAGGGUGCACAAAUAAUCAGUGGUGCUACCUCAUGUAGAGAGCUGCCUGGGCACACUCCCACUACCACUUUAUACCUGAGUCACACAUUGAGUCGGAUAUUUCUAGGAAAAAAAUAAAAACCCAAACACACUGAUGACUCCUAAAGUGUGUCCCUCAAACACUUCAUCCCUCCUGUAUGCAUGCAGCACGCCACAUGGGCAAACAAAAGCACAACUGCGACUGGGAGGUGCCCUGCGGCAAAAAACACUGAGUUUACAGUAUGUGCGCUGCUCAGUGCCCAGAGGUUUUCCUCCCUGCUGCUUGUUUGUUUUAACAUUUAUCACAAUUAAACCUCAAGGGCAAAACACAUUUCUAGAGAGAGUGAGGAAAAAGAUGGAUAAGACUAUUACGUGGAUCUGAUGGGACAAUUACACCUACCGCUAUCCCCGCCCGUAUAAAUCUCCGCCGAAUGAACAGCUGGGAUGAUUACAGUUAAGGAGUCGGACACAAUGACCAAGUGCUGCAAUCCCACCACUUUCACUGCGCCUGAAAACCAUCAAAAUGUGACUAUCGGUUGAUGCAUCCUCAUCCGAAGAGUUCCCUGAGGAGAGACUGGCGUCAUCUUCCGGUCCUUAUCGGUUGACCACACGCUGUUUUCAAACCUCCCUGUGUGACAGAGCGUGACCUCCGGGUCUCUUGUUUUAAUAAUGGCUGCAAUGUCCACUAGCACGAUGAAAUGCAGUCGUGUAGUGAGUAAUUAGCUAUCUGGCCUUCUAGAAUAGCAUCUUUCCAGCUCUUCAUCACUAACCUCCUUCUCUCCUCAAAUCUUCUCUCAUUUCCUUCACCCUACACCCUCCCCGCCAUCUUUCCUUUCCUCUUUUCUGCUCCCCUCCCCCUCGAAUGUUUUUCAACCGUACCUCACAUCACACUUUCACUUCCCACUCCCUCUCUUCCUCUUUCCUUCCCUUGCUUCCUCCCCUCCCAGAUGCCCAGCCCACGGAGGCAGAGACAGCCGUGUGGAACCAGGUCAGUGCGGUGCUGGAGGAGGCUCACGGGAUCCUGGCCGAGCUGCAGUCCUAUAAUGGCGCGGGCCAAGAGAUACGAGAAGCCAUCCAGAACCCAGGCGACCUCGCUCUGCAGGAGAAGGCCUGGAACGCAGUCUGCCCCCUGGUGGCCAAACUGAAGCGCUUCUACGAGUUUUCCCUCAGACUGGAGAAUGCCCUGCGCAGCCUGCUGGAGGCGCUGACCAGCCCGCCCUACGCUCCCAUGCAGCACCUGGAGAGAGAGCAGGCCCUGGCCAAACAGUUCGCUGAGAUCCUUCAUUUUACACUCAGCUUUGAUGAACUAAAGAUGACAAAUCCAGCCAUUCAGAAUGACUUCAGCUACUACAGGAGGACUAUAAGUAGGAACAGGCUGAACAACCAGCAGCUGGAAGCGGAGAACGAGGUCAACAACGAGAUGGCUAAUCGGAUGUCCCUGUUCUACGCCGAAGCAACACCGAUGCUGAAGACUCUGAGUAACGCCACCACCAAGUUUGUUUCAGAGAAUAAGACCUUGCCUAUAGAGGACACCACAGACUGUCUGAGCACCAUGGCCUGCGUGUGCCGUGUCAUGCUGGAGACUCCGGAGUACCGCUGUCGGUUCACCAACACAGACACCAUGCUGUUCUGCAUGAGGGUGAUGGUGGGAGUCAUCAUCCUCUAUGACCAUGUUCACCCUGUCGGGGCUUUUGCCAAAACCUCCAAAAUCGAUAUGAAGGGCUGCAUCAAGGUGCUGAAAGAGCAACCGUCCAACAGUGUGGAGGGACUUCUGAACGCACUGAGGUACACGACACGGCAUCUAAAUGAUGACAGCACCUCCAAACAAAUCAGGGCCCUCCUGCAAUGAGAAGGUGGAGAGGAAGGUGGAGAGGAAGACGAGGAGGAAACAAACGCCAGUGGCUGAUGAACCUGUGUGUUUACAACGAACAAAGUCAUGUCCAGGUUUAAGAGAAACCUGAUGAUAAGAAGAGGAAAAAUAAUUAUAUAUAUUGUCAGCUGUCCAUCAUUCUGUCUCUCAUUUUGUAAAGUAAGAAAAGAGAAAAAAAAGCCAGAAAGGAAAAUAUAGAUAUAUAUUAAAACAAGUGAAACAAGCAGCAGAUGAAAAGUAAGUAGGAUUAAAGAGGAAGCUAUAUUGUGAAAUUUAAAGUCAGAACCGACGCAAACUGAAAAUGUAAAAAAAAAAAAAAAAGGGUUCAUGUUCCAGCAGUAGUCUGACAAGUAUUUUUGCACACAAACAACA